UCCCCCUUCCCCCCCCUUUCAAAGGCGGUACCGCCGAUUGGUUGCCUGCCCCGCCACUCCGCCACUCUGCCAGCGGCCGUUGGUCGGCUCUGCGAGGGAGGCGGGCCCUCAUCAACCCUAUAUAAGGGGCGGCGGGGGACUGCGCUCCUUCUGCUGCGCUGCGCCCGCCGUACGGACGAGUCUCUGCUGCCCUGCUCGUGUGUCGCCAUGGCCAACCCCGUCGUCUUCUUCGAUAUCGCCGCUAAUAACGAGCCCCUGGGUCGCGUCACCUUCGAGCUCUUUGCAGACAAGGUGCCGAAGACAGCAGAAAACUUCCGUGCUCUGAGCACUGGUGAGAAGGGAUUUGGCUACAAGGGGUCCUGCUUCCACAGAAUCAUUCCUGGGUUCAUGUGCCAGGGUGGUGACUUCACACGCCACAAUGGCACUGGAGGCAAAUCCAUCUAUGGGGAGAAGUUCCCAGAUGAGAACUUCAUCCUGAAGCACACGGGUCCUGGUAUCCUGUCGAUGGCCAAUGCUGGCCCCAACACGAACGGUUCCCAGUUCUUCAUCUGCACUGCCAAGACCGAGUGGCUGGAUGGCAAGCAUGUUGUCUUCGGCCGCGUCAAGGAGGGGAUGAAUGUGGUGGAGGCCAUGGAGCGCUGCGGCUCCAAAGAUGGCAAAACAAGCAAGAAGAUCACCAUCACCGACUGUGGGCAGCUCUCGUAAACCCUUCUCUCACCGACUGACGGCUCCUCAGGCAGCCUGGGCGCCACAGCCCGCUGCAGCUCACCCGCUCCCACCCCAGUCCUGAUGUACUGCUGCGUUUCUACUGGGUCACGGUCCCACUGGGCCGCAGUUACCUUCGAAUCUAAAUAAAACGAGUUAAAUUACACACA